AUGCUGCGGCCCCGCCCCGCGGGCGGGAGCAAGAUGGCGGCGGAGCGGAUCUUCGACCGGGCGCUGUGGGUGCGGGUGCGGGGCUGCGGCUGCGAGGAGCGGAGAUUAAAUAUUCGAGUGAAUAUUGAACUACUGUCAAUUUCUAAUCCUGUUCAUAAAAAGGACUUAGCUGUUCGAUUGACUGAUGAUACUGAUCCUUUUUUCCUUUAUAACCUUGUCAUAUCAGAGGAAGAUUUUCAAAGUUUGAAAUCCCAGCAGGGUCUCUUGGUAGACUUCUCUGCUUUCCCACAGAAAUUUAUAGAUCUGCUUCAGCAAUGCAUUCAGGAGCAGAACAAAGAUAUCCCAAGGUUUUUGCUGCAGUUAGUUUCUUCAGCACCUGCUCUGGAUCACACACCUGUCUCUUUAAAUGUAGUGGAGACCAACCCUUUCAAACACCUUACCCAUCUCUCUCUAAAAUUCCUGCCAGGAACUGAUGCAGAAAUAAAGAAGUUUUUAGCCAACUGUUUGAAAUGCCUUAAGGAGGAUAAAAUGAUGUUGGAAGAAAGGCUUAAAAAAACUGAAGAGGAUCUUACCAGACAACUGAGCUACACUCAACAGAGCUUGUCAGAGAAGAGCCGGGAACUUGACAAACUGAAAAAUGAAUGGACAUCCUACACUACAGCUCUGAGCAACAAACACUCACAGGAGCUGACAAGUGAGAAGGAAAGAGCUCUCCAGGCACAAACUCAGUACCAACAACAGCACGAACAACAGAAGAAGGAAUUGGAAAAUUUGCAUCAGAAAAGUGUUCAGCAGUUGCAGAACAGGCUCUCAGAACUCGAGGUCAUCAAUAAAGACCUAACAGAGAGGAGAUACAAAGGAGACUCCACAGUCAGAGAACUGAAAGCGAAGCUUUCUGGAUUAGAAGAUGAAUGUCAAAGAGCAAAGCAGGAGGUGCUAUCCCUGCGCCGGGAGAACACAACUCUGGAUGCUGAAUGUCAUGAAAAAGAGAAACUCAUUAAUCAGCUGCAGACACGAGUUGCUGUCUUGGAACAAGAGAUCAAAGACAAAGAUCAGCUCGUCACCAGAACAAAAGAAGUCUUAGAUGCAACACAGGAGCAAAAGGUGAUACUGGAAGAGAGUACAGAGGAAAAACAAAGGCAUAUUGAAAAACUAGAGACAACAAUUAAGUCACUGUCAGCUGAACUCCUUAAGGCUAAUGAAAUUAUCAAGAAGUUACAAGGAGAUUUGAAAACUCUAAUGAGUAAAUUAAAAUUGAAAAAUACAGUAACAAUUCAGCAAGAAAAACUAUUGGCAGAAAAAGAAGAGAAACUUCAAAAAGAGCAGAGGGAAUCGCAGGAGAUGGGACAAUCCCUUCAAAUGAAAGAGCAAGAGGUUUGCAAGCUACAAGAACAGCUAGAAAGUACAAUACAAAAACUUGAAGAAAGUAAGCAGUUACUGAAAACCAAUGAAAAUGUUAUCUCGUGGCUGAACAGACAGCUGAGUGAAGUUCAGAUGGCAAAGAAGCUGGACACUCCUGCCAGUGCCCAUGCUGGUGGGAGGGCUGCUGUUUCACCUCUUGGCAUGCCUGACCGACCAUCCUUUCACAGCUCAGGAGUCAGUCAUGCCAUUUCUCCUCUCUAUGCCUUCCAGAACUAUCUGGAACCGACACAAAGCAAAAAUGGGAAUUCCCAAUGUCCAGUACCAAAGGCUCAGUUGAACUCACAGCUUUCAAAACUGAGUCGAUGUUCCGAUGCUCACACAGUGUCUGCAGCUGGUCACACAGCAAACAAGGAGAAUGGUGAUCAGCUGGGGUUGGAAUUGAAGUAUUUCAAGAAAAAAGAUGACAGCAUUCCUUUGCGAGGGCUUAGUCAAAACACACUUAACUCGGUGUCCUGUGCUGUUCUGCAGAGUACCUGAGACCGUACGUGCCAGCCAAAGCCCAGGCGUCCCCAAAAGCUGCUGGAACACCAGUCUCAGCCUAUUUUCCUGGAUCAUAGAUAGGCUUCUUACAGUAAGAGUCCUCUUUAAACCAUUGGGGGGACUUUUGACUGUCCUGCAAUGGUCUGUUAGUAAAGUAUCAGUGUGAACUGACAGAAUUUUAUGAGCCAGUUUUCUUUGAGGAAGGGAUCCUGACUGACUUGGAUGAUGUUUCAUGAUGCUUGAGCCUAAGGAGAAGAUAAAGCCUUAAGGAGCCUUAGUAGGAACAACACUGACUGCACCAGGGCUGCACACAAUUUUCUUAGUCUAUUGUUGACCUGUAAAUCCUCCUAAAAACUCAUCAAAAUGCUUUGACUGUUUUAUGCCAGGUGAAAUGUACAUUCCCUGAGUGAGAAAAAUUUCCUGAAUUUCUGUUUCUUGACUCCUGUCAGAGAAAGGAUGAGGUGAAGGGAAAGCAGAGGAGAACUACACGCUGCUGUCCAUUUUAGUAAUGGUCAAGCUCAUAUGGGGGCAUGACUGCCUCACUAACCUUCCCUUACAGUUUGGUUUUAAAAACUUGCUUAAUUUUGGAACAAGCUUAUUUGAAUUUGCAUAUAGACUUACAAAUAAUCUCAUACUAAAAAUGCUUAAUUAUUUCACUGAAGGUAUAAAAUUAAAAUUGAAAAUUCUUAGGGAAACCAAGACUAAUUUUUCUGUUAAUCUCUCACUAUUACAGUCCACAGGCCACCAUGCAUAAAACAUUAAAAGGUGAAGUAGCUGAAUAGUUAACUGUUGACAAGUAUCAACACCUAAAACUUUAUUUUUAUAAAUCAUACUUCAUAACUGUAAGACUAUACAGAAAUUUCAGAUACUCUUACAUCUGUGCAGCUUGUUGUACUGUCUGGGUUCAGAUGCUAGGAUCAUGUAACAACUCCUUCUGUGCCAUCUUGGUGUUCCCUGCAGAAGGAGCAUGCAUGGACUCCUGCCAGGCAAAGUACCCUUAUAAUGACUAUUCCUUACUUUUGGUAAGGAUAUUUCAUUGCUUUUACCUUAGUUGCUCAAGUACACCCACAGGAUUGUACAUUUCAGUGGUUUUGCUGUGUGAAAGGUGUAAAUUUGUUUAUAAAUUAGCACCAUGUUAAUGUAUAGUACCUGGUUUUGUCAUGUGUAUGUUUUAAUGGAAAUAUUAAAUGGUUUUUAUCAAAA